AUGAAAUGGGUGGAAGGUGCAAAAGAAGGUAUUGUGAUCGCUGGAGGACAAGGUCAAGGAAAUGCUCUUACACAAUUGAAAUACCCCCAAGGAAUCUUCGUUGAUACCUUGGGUACACUCUAUGUAGCAGACACGCGAAAUCAUCGUGUAAUGCGUUGGACUCAAGGAGAUAAUAAACAAGGCACUGUAAUUGUGGGUGGAAAUGGGAAAGGAGGAAGAGUAAAUCAGUUCAGCAGCCCCAUCGGUUUGUUUUUCGAUUGGCAUGGUAAUCUCUAUGUCGUCGAUAAUAGUAAUCAUCGUGUUCAACGAUUUUCUAUCGAAUAA